AUCAUUUAGUUUAGCGGUGAAGACAUUUUCUUCAACCAAAAUACAAAUAGUGAACCAAACCAUCAUGAACUCUUUGGUUCCCAAAAGAACCAUCAGCAUCAUCCUAUUGUUCAUAUGUCCACUGUCAUAAACUCAUAUUCCUGUUUAGAGUAAAAUAAAAUGAUUGAUAGAAAUAUCAUCAUAGAGUUAAUAAUUCUGUUGUUUUUAUCUUCCCACAGUAGAACAUGUAUUGCACGAGAUACUUUAUCUUUGAAUCAGUCUAUUGUUGAUGGCCAGACUUUGGUUUCGUCAAAUGGAACCUUUGAACUAGGUUUCUUCACCCCUGGAAAUUCAAAAGCUCGUUAUUUAGGUAUGUGGUACAAAAAUUUAACCCCUUUAACAAUCGUAUGGGUAGCUAAUAGAGAAACACCCCUCUCCAAAAAUUCAGGAGUUUUAAAACUUAAUGAAAAUGGUGUUCUUGUGAUUCUCAAUGACACAAACAACAGCAUUUGGUCCUCUAACACAACAACCAAAGAAGCCAAAAAUUCAAUAACUGCACAGCUAUUGGACACUGGAAAUCUUGUGUUGAAAAAUGGGGAGGAGAAUAUUUUGUGGCAGAGUUUUGAUUAUCCUUGUGAUACAUUAUUACCAGGAAUGAAACUUGGAUGGAACUUAGUAACCGGACUGAACCGAUUCGAAUCGUCUUGGAAAAGUGAAGACAAUCCAGCAAAGGGUGAUUAUUCUGUUAGUAUUGAUAUCAGAGGGUAUCCUCAAAUAGUUUUGAAAGAGGGAUCUGUGAUAAGAUUGCGAAUAGGAUCAUGGAAUGGACUCGGUUUUACUGGAUAUCCCACACAACCAUUGAAACAAACGCAAAAGUUUGAAUUUGUUCAAACUGAUAAAGAAGUGUAUCAUCGGUAUGAAGUUGUUGAUAGCUCUGUUGUGUCGAUAUAUAAACUCUCUCCUUCGGGGAAGUUGCGCGCUUUAGCUUGGACAAGUGAAACAAGCGAUAGGAUAGUAAUUGAAACUGGCAUGGAAGAUUCGUGUGAUAGUUAUGCUAUGUGUGGUGCUAAUUCUGUUUGCAGUAUGAAUGGAAAUGUUCCUAAAUGUGAAUGUUUGAAAGGUUAUGUUCCUAAGUUUCCUGAUCAAUGGAAUAUAUCAUAUUGGUCUAACGGUUGUGUUUCAAAGAAUAAAUCUAAUUGUGACAAUAGUUACAAAGAUGGAUUCUUGAAGUACAAUGACAUUAAAUUGCCUGAUACUUCUUCGUCGUGGUAUAAUAAGAGUAUGAGUCUUGUGGAAUGUCAAAGAGGGUGUAUGAAAAAUUGUUCGUGUAAGGCUUAUGCAAAUGUGGAUAUCCGAAAUGGUGGAAGUGGUUGUUUGCUUUGGUUUGAUGAUCUGGUUGACAUGAGAAUGUUCUCUCAAUGGGGACAAGAUCUUUAUAUCAGAGUCCCUUCUUCAGAUCUAGAUGAUGUUAGUGUUAGUGGCAAAGGAAACAAGAAGAAGCACAUAAUACAAAUCACUUUUGGCGUGACAAUUUCUGGAUUCCUCACAUGUGCCUGCAUAAUCAUACUUAUAAAGCGAGUGGAACCAAGAAUAUAUAAUCUUGGACAAUUAUUUCAACUGAGGCAAAAAUAUUUUAAAUUGAAGAAAGAAGACUCGGAUCUGCCAAUAUUUGAUUUUCCAAUGAUUGUUAAAGCAACUAGUAAUUUUUGUAGCAGAAAUAAACUUGGAGAAGGUGGAUUUGGACCAGUAUAUAAGGGUACACUGAUAGAUGGGAAAGAGGUAGCCAUAAAACGGAACUCAAAGAUGUCUGAUCAAGGGUUGCAGGAAUUUAAAAACGAAGUUUUGUUGAUUGCAAAACUUCAGCACCGUAAUCUCGUGAAGCUUCUUGGUUGUUGUAUUCAUAAAGAGGAAAAUUUGUUGAUCUAUGAAUACAUGCCGAAUAGGAGCUUAGACUACUUCAUCUUUGAUGAAUCUAGAAGCAAACUCUUGACCUGGUCGCAUCGUUCGUGUAUCAUUGACGGCAUUGCUAGAGGACUUCUUUAUCUUCACCAAGAUUCCAGACUUAGAAUUAUUCACAGAGAUUUAAAGUCAAGCAAUAUCCUACUAGAUGGGCAAAUGAAUCCGAAAAUCUCAGACUUUGGCCUUGCUCGGACAUUUGGGGGAGAUCAAGUUGAAGCCAAAACAAGAAAACUUGUUGGAACAUAUGGUUACAUGCCUCCAGAGUAUGUUGUGCAUGGUCGCUACUCUAUGAAAUCAGAUGUGUUUAGUUUUGGCGUGAUUGUUCUAGAGAUAAUCAGUGGGAAUAAGAUUACAGGAUUUUAUGACCCAGAACACUCCCUCAACCUUGUUGGACAUGCUUGGAGACUCUGGAUUGAACACAUACCACUGGAACUGGUUGAUGCACAAUUACUUCAAACAAUAAGAUCUUCUGAAAUCUUACGAUAUAUACAUGUGGGGUUGUUGUGUGUACAAGAAAAACCAGAAGAUCGGCCAGACAUGUCUUCUGCAAUUCUUAUGCUGAAUGGUGAGAAAAUAUUGUCUCAACCAAAAAGUCCAGGAUUUUAUACCGGAAAAGACUUACCUGAAGCAAUAUCCCCAUCUUCAAAUCAGAUGUCAGUUACAAUUUUUGAGGCAAGAUAAAAUAUGAAGAUUCAAACCAAUGAAUGUUUGUGCUGAUAUAGCAUUCACUAAUUAAUGUUAAUAUGAUACUUGAGCAUAUAGAACCUGUUAAUACCUUUAUCUAGUUUUACUUCAUCUAGUAUAUUAAAAACCAAAGAUUUUGUGUCACGUUUAUCAUUGUGAUGCAAUUUUAUUUUGUUGUUGAAUAUUUUAGAGUUAGUCUUUAACUAUUUUGCUUCUUAUAUUGUAUUUUAUCCUUUCCUUAUGUCAAUAAUAACUCCUGUCUCUAUUGAUAAUACAAUGUAUUACAACUAGAUGUUGGCCCAUAUAUUGUACUUGAUUAAAUCUGAUGAAUUAGAUUGAGGUGAAA